CGAGACGGAAGAGGAGAAAAGAGGAUCAGAAGGUUCAGAAGAUGAUCGAGAAGGAUGGACAUGGAGCCGCAGCAGCAGCGGCAGAGGAGGCAGAGGAGGCAGAGUGCUGCAGCUGCUGGCGAUGGUGGAGGGCACUCGGAGGAGGAGGAGCAGACGCGGGACCCACCGGGGGAUUGCUUUAUAACACCUGGAGGGCAUGGAGGCUGGCUGUGACAAACGGAGAGUCGAGCCGGACAGGACAAGCAAAUUUCUUGUGAAGCCCAUCGACCGGCGUCGUGCGACGCUUUGCUGCUCUGCUGUGCAUGCGUAUCGGUCCGGGUUGCUUGUGGAAUAGGGGAACUGCUGUUGGCAUAAUUUCUCUGCUCUUUCCCUUCACUCCUCGGCGUCUUGUGUUUGGGCAGCCUCGGUGACGCGGCGAGCGUGGUGCGUCGGGUUUGUUGAUAAGGAUCUCGCAGGGGAAUUCUUAGGACUAGCAGGCAGCAGCAGUACAGGAGGUUCUCGUCGGUCGGAUUUCCGGGGAAUUUGAAGUACGGGGGUUCAAUUGCAGCUGCUGCGGUCUUUGGGGACCUAAAGGAGCGCUUGCUUUCGAUCGUAGUUAGAAGUUCUGUCGUCCACUUUUCUUCCCCUUUCCCCAUUGGCAACUGGCCUUUCUUGGAUAAGUUUCGCAGCUACUUGUGGAACCCGGCGGUUGCUUGAGCUCGGUGGUGCAAGGAAGUGCUGGGUUGUGACGAACAAUUUCUGGUCUACACUUGCCUUCUGGGAUAGAGCAGACUGAUACGUCUAUCCAUGGGAUUCCUCGGAGCGCGCAAAGGACUGUAACUGGCUCAGGCUUUCGAGAGAAGUAUGUUCUCUCCAACAAGCAGGAAGUCAGCGAAUGUUUUCACGUACUCCGCUUCUCGAAUUUGCUAAAUUGAACACGAGAAGGUCGUGAGGACACAAUAUGACGACCGCAUCCGAUCUCCUGACUUCUUUCGGGAUCAACGGAGUGGCGUCCGUGGUUAUUAUUGGAUUGUUUUCCAUCUUGAAAAAUCAGCCCUUAAACGCACGAGUUUACUUUGCGAAAUGGCAAUUGAAAGGGGAGAAAGUCGGUCCGACGGGCAGUUUGCCGGCGGGCACUGGCAUACGUCGGUACAUCAACUUGGAUGCAAAAAGUUAUAUCCAUGUGAUGGACUGGAUCAAGGAUUGUUUGAGAAUGCCAGAGGCGGAACUUAUCGAUCAUGCCGGGCUGGAUUCUGCUGUCUUCCUUCGUUUAAUUCUCCUUGGAUUGAAGCUCUUUGUUCCCCUCACCGUGGUCGGAUUUGUUGUCCUCGUGCCGCUGAACGUCACGGACAAACAACUAUCCAACGACCUGAAAGAUAAAGCACUUACAUACGAUGCAUUGGAUACAAUCACUAUCUCUAAUAUAAGUACCGCCUCCAGGAGAUUGUGGGCACAUCUCGUGGCUGCAUAUGUCUACACAAUAUGGGCAUGUUGGCUCCUGUUUAGGGAGUAUCGGAACAUCGUGGCCCUCCGAUUUACUUUUCUUGCAUUGCAAAUAGCACGGCCGGACCAGUUCACUAUCCUCUGCCGGUGUAUACCUGAAGACCCAGAUGAGCCGAUUGCCACACAUGUCGAUCAUUUCUUCAGAGUAAACCAUCCGGAUCAUUAUCUGUUGAGUCAGGUAGUUUACAAUGCGAACGAUCUGGCGAAGCUUGUAAAGAGAAGAGCGAAAUUGCAAAACAAGAUCACGUACUUGCAAGGCGUAAUGGAUAAAAAAUUAAAACCUGCGCGGCCUACAGUAAAGACGGGAUAUUGGGGACUCUGGGGAAAGAAAGUAGAUCAAAUCAAUUACUACGACGAUGAGAUCGCAAAGCUCACUGACCAGAUAACUGCAGAACGGAUGCGGGUCUUGACUGAAGAUAAGGCAGUGAUGCCGGCUGCAUUUGUGUCAUUCGAGACUAGAUGGGGAGCUGCUGUGUGCUCGCAAACGGUACAAAGCAGGGAUCUUUCAAAGUGGUUGACAGAAUGGGCUCCCGAGCCUCGCGACGUCUACUGGGCCAACCUGCCAAUUCCAUACCACAGACUAAACUCACGCAGGCUAGGAAUGCUGAUCCUAACGAUCGUUCUGGUUAUCUUCUUCUUCUUUCCUGUCACUUUCGUACAAGGAUUUGCGAAUCUGCAACAGCUUGAGCGAAAUCUACCUUUCUUGAAACCAAUUGUGGAACUGGACGUCUUGAAAUCAGCGAUACAAGGUUUUUUACCAGGUCUAAUUUUGAAGAUUUUUCUACUAGCUUUGCCGUACGUUUUGAACAUUAUGACCAGGUUCGAAGGUCAUGUGUCAUAUUCUCGGAUUGACAAGUACGCUGCUGCCAAAUAUUUCGGUUUCAUGGUGGUAAACGUGUUUCUGGGAAACGUGUUGGUUGGUUCUGCAUUUGAACAGCUGAAGGAAUUCAUUGAUAGGCCUACUCAGAUUCCUAAAACUCUCGCCCAGGCAGUGCCCAUGAAGGCAACAUUUUUCAUCACCUACAUCAUGGUGGAUGGGUGGACCGGUCUUGCUGUUACCUUGAUGAGGUUGAUACCGUUGCUACUUUUUCACUUUCGAAGUGCGUUGAUGGUGCGCACAACUAGAGAUCUGGAGAGGGCUACCCCAGUCGGCACAAUUGAGCUGAAUACCGCACUGCCUCAGUUGGGUCUAUAUUUUAUUCUAGGACUUGUGUACGCGGUGAUUUCACCGUUCAUUUUACCCUUCAUUGUUGUGUCCUUAGGGGCUUCCUACGUGGUGAAUCGGAACCAGAUUCUAAAUUGCUACGAGGCAAAAUAUGAGAGUGCAGCGGCUUUCUGGCCUCACAUGUUUGGCUAUAUUAUCAUUGGCCUGUUAUUGAAGCAUCUUACUCUUAUCGGACUUAUGGCAUUGAAAGAAGCAACAUCCUCGACUCCAUUCUUACUUCCUCUUCCAAUCUGUACCUUAAUAUUCUAUCUUUACUGCAAGAAUCGGUUUGAAGAAGCUUUCCACAGCUAUGCAUUGGAGGAGGCGAAGGCGAAGGACACGAUUGAAAGAGCUCGUGAACCCGAUCUGGACGUCAGAGCGUUUCUGGAGAAUGCUUACAUUCACCCAACUCUUCGAUCUGUGGUAGCUGGAAAUGAUCUAGCAGGCGAUGAAUCGGAUGAUGAUGGAGCGGACGAGCUCAUGAACAGAAAUCUACCACCCAAAAAUGGGCCCAAAACUCUUCUAUCGAGGGGAGCAAGUGGAGAAAAUCAAGGUGAUUCUCCUACAAAAUCUCCAUCCAAAACUCCCACCAAACCCUUAUCUCGUGGAGGUAGUCAGGAUGUGAGCAACAUCAGUAAACGUAGCGAGAACUCCACCUCGCGAGAGAAGUUGGAAGGUGCUGAAGUAGUUGACAUUAAGCCACUUGAUGAUCUUGGCGCACAACGAGAGUCAAUAAGUGAUGCUGAAUCUUUGAAUUCACAAACAAUGCUCCUCCAUGGUAGACCGAAAUCAAUUGUGUAAUCUUCUGCUUGUUGUCCACUGCAAUAGGUAACUCAGAUUAUCUCUGCAUCCGUUAAUUACACUUUCACCCUUCGGUUUUAGAUUUACCUACAACGAGAAAUGUUCGCUGGGUGCCAUUCUUUGAAGAUGUUUUCCCCCAAAAUUGUAACAUAAUAGCAAAUUCGCUGUGAUGAUAUAACUAUCACUCGCUCUCUUUCUACUACU